UUAUUCGUGUGUUAAUAGUCCUGUUGUGUCUUGUGUUCGUUCAGUGUCAGUGGCCAUUUUGAAAUUUUUACCAUCGUGGUGAGAGCUUUAUAUGCGCGCCGCGGAGAGAGAAAAAAAAACCGAGUUUUGUAUAGUUUUUGAAAGAAAAAUUUAAUCUCCUCGGGGAAAUUUUUCGUUUAAAAAAAUUAGUAAUAAUAAAAUAAAAUAUGCCAAAGGAUCAACAUCAAAGGGAACCCUAUCGGGCGAGAAAUCCGUACGAUCGUGAUUCUCGCGACCCGAGGGAAUAUUCACGAGACUCGAGGGAUUAUCCGAGGGAGUCGCGCGACUCGAGAGAUUAUCAUCAGCGAGAUCAUAGAGGAGGUGGGGGAGGAGGAGGAGGAGACUACUAUCAACAUCAGAGGGGAGGCGAUUAUCAGAGAGAUCAUUAUCGUGAUUCGCGCGAUAAUUAUCCAAGACAUUCGGAAUACAGUGGUAGCGGCAGCAGGGAUUACUACGACGAGGAGAUGUCGGAGCAAGGGAGCAGCGGUGGACGCGCGAUGGGAAGGAGUCGAGGUCGAGCCCGGCCUCCACAGCCGGUCGACAGAGAGCAAUCCGAGUCGUGGGCCAGGAAACCUGGUCCUGGAGGCGAUGCUGGUCCAUCUCGACAAGGAACACAGGGUGGCAGGGCCACUGAAAGAGUUUCGAAACCCCGUGAUGAGAGUGGCGGACGUGCUUCAGGUGGUUCCACUCCCCCUGGAACUACCACUCCACCUGGUGGAGGCACAGGAGAUACGGUUGCCGUUGGCAGAGGCGGAAUGAGAGGACGCAGACGCGUCAACGAAGCGGAAUGUUUACACACAAAACCCCCGGGAUGUACAACGAAACAAGGAACUUAUGGGCAGAAAAUUGAUUUGCAAGCAAAUUACUUCCAACUGAUGACAAAGAGCAAUAAACAUUGGGGUCUAUAUCAGUAUCGAAUUGAUUUCUCUCCCGAGGAAGAUCGUACGAUUGUACGAAAGGGUCUUUUACGAUUGCAUCGAGCGACACUCGGCGCAUAUAUUUUCGAUGGAACAGUCAUGUACACAAGUACAAAACUUCCGGAGGAGGGCCUUGAACUAUUCUCCACAAGACAAUCGGACGAGGUUCAGAUAAAAAUCAAUGUUAAAUUCACAACUGAACUUGCAAAAGGCGAUCACCAUUACAUUCAAUUUUUCAAUAUCAUCAUGAGAAAAUGUUUGGAUUACUUGAAACUGCAACUCGUUGGAAGAAACUUCUUCGACGCACAAAACAAGGUUUCAAUUAGAGAGCAUCGCUUAGAACUGUGGCCGGGAUAUUUGACGUCGAUCAGACAAUGCGAGUACAAUAUUCUUAUGUGCGCCGAAAUAACGCACAAAGUCAUGCGAGAGGAAACAGUUCUCGACAUGCUGGGACAAUUCUAUUCCUUGCACAAACAAGAAUACAAGACGCAUUUUGCUAAGGAAAUUAUGGGCCAAAUUGUAUUGACCGCAUACAAUAACAACACCUAUCGCAUUGAUGACGUCGACUACUCAGUGAAGCCAAAAUCCACAUUCAAAUUGAGAAAUGGCGAAGACAUUACUUACCAUGACUACUACAAUCAAAAAUACGGAAUUCGAAUUAGAAACGACUCGCAACCAAUGUUAGUGUCACGUGCCAAACCAAAGGAGCGUCGCGCUGGACAAGCUGAAUUAAUCUACCUGGUUCCCGAGCUGUGCCGAACAACUGGAAUCACGGACGAAAUGAGAUCGUCCUAUCAGACAAUGAAUGCACUCGCAACUCAUACAAAAUUGGAACCGAGAGCAAGAAUUGAACGUCUCAUGUCGUUCAACAGACGUCUACUUAGCGAGCAGAAAAUCGCCGAUGAAUUGAAUGACUGGGGUUUGAAAUUGGACAACAAGCUCGUUCAACUACCCGGCCAUGUUAUUCCCAAGGAGAAAAUCAUAAUGGCCAAUGGAAUUACAUUGACGCCAAGGGGCAACAAUUGGGACGGGGAAGUUCGAUCAAACGAAAUGCUGGUCACGUGCCACCUUAAAGACUGGAUAAUUAUCAGUACAUCGCGAAUGAAGCGCGACACGCAGGAAUUGGUGAAUUGUAUAAUGCGCGCAUCUCAAGGAAUGAGAUUCCGCGUUGAACAGCCGAGAGUAAUGGAAAUUCAACAAGAUCGUACGAAUUUCUACACGGACAAAUUGGAAGAGGUCAUGUCCCGUUCCAAUCCACAAUUAAUGAUGUUCAUUGUUCCGAACAACAAUUUGGAUCGUUAUUCAGCGAUUAAGAAAAAAUGCUGCGUCGAUCGCCCGUGUUUGAGUCAAGUUGUACUCACGAAGACAAUUUUCUCCAAGGGACGGCCAAAUUUAACCGCCGCUACUAAAAUCGCAAUUCAAAUGAAUUGUAAACUCGGUGGCGCCGGUUGGACCGUGGAAAUUCCGGGCGGUAACAUUAUGGUCGCUGGCUUUGAUGUCUGUCACGACAAAACAACUCGUGGUCGUGAUUUUGGCGCAUUAGUGGCGUCGUUGGACAACAAUUUCAGUCGGUACUUUAGCGCAGUGAGUGCGCACACAUCCGGAGAGGAAUUGUCAAACGAUUUAGGUGUGAAUAUGUGCAAAGCUGUGAGAAAAUAUCAAGAGGUGAAUAACAGAUUACCCUCGACAAUUAUUUUCUACCGCGAUGGUGUGGGCGAGGGACAAAUUCCAUUUGUCCACGAAAUCGAAGUCGAAGAGUUGAAAAUCAAAUUGGCUGGCGUCUAUGGCGGUGAAAUUAGUAACGUUCGAUUGGCAUUCAUCAUUGUCACGAAGAAAAUCAACACGCGCUUCUUCCAUCAAAAUAACAAUGCACCGGCGGGAACCGUCGUCGACGACGUUGUCACGAACCCGGCACGCUACGACUUCUUCCUGGUGUCACAAGGCGGAGGCAAGGGAACAAUUGCACCAUCGGCGUACAGUAUUAUUUCCGAUACAUCCGAAUGGGGUCCCGAUAAAAUACAAAGAAUGACCUACAAAUUAACACAAAUGUAUUACAAUUUCGCCGGUGCCGUGAAAGUGCCAGCUCCCUGUCAAUACGCACACAAAUUGGCCGCACUCGUCGCCCAAGCAAUUCAACGACCACCCAGCGGACAACUCGAGACGCUUCUUUAUUAUUUAUAAAAAAAGGAGAACGUGAGCGA